AUGCGCCCUGCAGACCCCAACGUUGGGAAGCAACACCUGCAUGUUGAGGGAGCGGAUGCCCAGUCGUACAUGGCGAUCAAGGCGCAAGCGGCCCGGAAAACUGCUACCGACGCGGAAGCUGUGACGAAUGCAACUCUGGCGGACUACAACAGCAAGCUCAAGGCGGAGGCUGCGAUUCAGAAGAUCAUCGACGACGCGAACGCUGAUUUGAAUAACACCCAGUCGAAUCUCGCAGCUAAGAAGAAGCAGCUGGACGACGCGAAGGCCGAGCCAGCACGUCAGGAAAUGGUAAAGCUCCGAGCAGCCAGGAGUGCGGAGCAGGAGUACCACGACGAGCUUGAGCAGCAAGCUUCGGAGUCGCUCGUCGACGCGACAGAGCUGACCAAGGACGUGGUCCCCGCGAAGGAGCAGCUGGACCUCGCGAAUCAGCUGCUCGCGGAUCAGAUCCUCAUUGUCAAGGAGGCCACCGCCGAUUCCACCUACUACGCGCGACGCGCGGCGAAGCUCAAGACUCCAGAAGCGCAGGCACUGGCCGUCGAAGCGCAGGCAGCCCGCGCUCAGGCGAAUCGUAUCCAAGGGGCUCUUGCGAAGCAGGCGAAUCUCGCGAAGGAUAACUUGGAGACGGUACAGUCCGAUUUGGCCUUUGCGGCAAAGGACAAGGUUGAUACCAGGAAGGCAGCGGACGAGCACAUGGUUGACCUGAACAAGGCGAAGAAGGACGCGGGAGAUGCGGAAGCGAAGUACAACAAAUACGUGAGCGACACGAAGACGCUGCCCAAUGUUAUCAAGCAGCUCACGGCCGACGUUCAGGUGAAGGGGGUUACGGCGGCUAAGGUCACGAAGGAUAACAAGGUGGCGCUCGGGCAGGCUGCUUCCGCUCGCGCUCAGGCUGAAAUCAUCUACAAAAAUACCAAGGCGAAAUCCGACGCGCUCAAGGCUGUUGCGAACCAGGCGGAUGCGGACUCCGCGGCUUACGACAAGGCCCACUCCGCCAACUGGAACACCGGCAACAGCAACAGCACCAAGGGCAAGUAA